GGCCUGGUGCGCAGGCGCCGGGACGGGGCCGCUCGAAGUAGCAAUGGACGCGCUGGAGUCGUUGUUGGACGAGGUGGCCCUGGAGGGGCUGGAUGGCCUGUGUCUGCCCGCGCUCUGGAGCCGCCUGGAGACUCGAGUGCCGCCCUUCCCGCUGCCGCUGGAGCCGUACACGCAGGAGUUCCUGUGGCGGGCCCUUGCCACGCAUCCGGGCAUCAGCUUUUAUGAAGAGCCCCGGGAGAGACCCGACCUCCAGCUCCAGGACCGGUACGAAGAAAUUGACUUGGAAACUGGAAUUUUGGAGUCCAGGAGGGACCCGGUAACGUUGGAGGAUGUCUACCCCAUUCACAUGAUCCUAGAGAAUAAGGAUGGCAUCCAGGGCUCGUGCCGGUACUUUAAGGAGAGGAAAAACAUCACCAAUGACAUCAGGACCAAGUGUUUGCAGCCUCGCUGUACUGUGGUGGAGGCCUUUGACAGGUGGGGGAAGAAGCUGAUCAUCGUUGCCUCCCAGGACAUGCGGUACAGGGCCUUGAUUGGUGCAGAGGGCGACCCUGACCUGAAGCUCCCCGACUUCUCCUACUGCAUUUUGGAGCGACUGGGCCGGUCCAGGUGGCAAGGGGAGCUCCAGCGAGACCUCCACAGCUCUGCUUUCAAGGUGGAUGCCGGGAAGCUUCACUACCACAGGAAAAUUUUGAACAAAAAUGGCCUCAUUACGAUGCAGUCACAUGUGAUCCGAUUACCCACCGGAGCCCAGCAGCACUCAAUCCUCCUCCUCCUGAACCGCUUCCACGUGGACAGGAGGAGCAAAUAUGACAUCCUCAUGGAGAAACUUUCAGGUGUUCUGAGCACACGGAGUAACCAGAUAGAGACACUGGGAAAGCUUCGGGAAGAGCUGGGGCUGUGCGAAAGGACAUUUAAGCGUCUCUACCAGUACAUGCUGAAUGCUGGGCUGGCAAAGGUGGUGUCUCUUCCCUUACAAGAGAUUCAUCCUGAAUGUGGACCGUGUAAAACAAAGAAAGGGACUGACGUCAUGGUGCGCUGCCUCAAGCUGCUGAAGGAAUUUAAACGGAAGAUGGAGGACGACCACGACCAGGAUGAUGACGAUGACGAGGAGGUCAUCUCCAAGGGCGUGCCGCCGGUGGAUGUCGUGUAUGAGCGGGAUAUGCUCACACAGACCUACGAACUCAUUGAGCGCAGAGGCACGAAAGGAAUUUCUCAAGCUGAAAUCCGAGUGGCAAUGAACGUGGGAAAACUGGAAGCAAGAAUGCUGUGUCGUCUUCUUCAAAGAUUCAAAGUUGUCAAGGGAUUCAUGGAAGACGAAGGGCGGCAGCGGACCACCAAGUACAUCUCCUGCGUGUUUGCAGAGGAGAGCGAUCUCAGCCGACAGUAUGAGCGGGAGAAGGCCCGGGGCGAGCUCCUGACCACAGUGAGCCUGGCCUCGGUGCAGGAGGAAUCCCUGUUGCCUGAGGGCGAAGACACUUUCCUCUCUGAGUCGGACAGUGAGGAGGAGGGUGGCAGCUGCAGCAAGAGGCGAGGCAGAGGGUCCCAGGGGGACAGGAAAUCCUCCUUGAGUCUUGGGGCUCAGCCACAUCACUCCACUUCAAGCAAAGGUGGGUGGAAAUUCGUAAACCUGCACCCCCUGAAGAAGCAGCCGGCUUCUUCCUCAGGGGCUGCUGAAGAGAAAGCCUGCCGGAGCGCCGUGAGCAGGGACAGCCUCGUGGACACCAGCAGCACCUCAGACCCCAGCGUGUCCUUCGGCUCCCACUGCAUGGAGAGUACCAGUGGUGACAUUGCCAUGAUUGAAGAGGUCAGACUUGAGAACCCGAAGGAGAGUAGUAGUUCCCAGAAGACUGGGAAGCACGGCCCAGGCCUAGACAAGCCCCACGAAACGUACAGACUGCUGAAACGCAGGAAUCUCAUCAUAGAAGCUGUCACCAACCUCCGCUUAAUCGAGAGCUUGUUCACGAUUCAGAAAAUGAUCAUGGAUCAGGAGAAACAGGAAGGCGUGUCCACCAAGUGCUGUAAGAAGUCCAUUAUCCGCUUGGUGCGGAACCUGUCUGAGGAAGGUCUCCUGAGGCUCUACCGCACCACGGUUAUUCAAGAUGGCAUCAAGAAGAAGGUGGACCUGGUGGUGCACCCGUCCAUGGACCAGAACGACCCUCUCGUAAGAAGUGCCAUUGAGCAGGUUCGUUUCCGGAUCUCCAACUCAAGCACAGCAAACAGGAUUAAAGUGUCCCAGCCACCAGUGCCUCAAGGAGAGGUCGAAGAAGAAAGUCAAGGGAAAGAGGACCCGGCUGGAUCGGGAGACUCUCCGACGGAUGCGUCCUCUAAACCCGAACCUCCACGGGUGAAAAAGACUGAUGAGAAGAUGGGCAUAACCCAGCUUAAAAAUUAUAACCCUGUAGUAGUUCCUGGACUUGGGCGUUCUCUAGGGUUUCUGCCCAAAAUGCCUCGCCUGCGGACAAUUCACAUGUUUCUGUGGUACCUGAUCUAUGGGCAUCCUGCCAGCCACCUGGUAGAAAAGCCGGUCCUCAGAGAGAGAAGACUGGCAAGGCAGGAACCAGGCCGUACGGGAGCUCAGAACUCCAGAAAUGACUCGGAACCCUCCGAUGGUCCACCCAGGGAGGGCCGGGACACAGGCGUCUGGGAAACUGAAGUGGAACUCGCCACAGAGACAGUGUAUGUGGACGAAGUCUCGUGGACACGUUACAUCCCUCCCAUCCCCAUCCACCGGGACUUUGGUUUCGGCUGGGCCCUGGUCAGUGACCUUCUCCUCUGCCUGCCCCUCUCCAUCUUCGUCCAAAUCGUGCAAGUCAGCUACAAGGUGGACAACCUCGAGGAGUACCUGGACGACCCUCUGAAGAAGCACACACUGAUCCGAUUUCUCCCCAAGCCCAUCCGGCAGCAGCUUCUGUACAAGAGACGCUACAUUUUCUCGGUAGUGGAGAACCUCCAGAGGCUGUGCUACAUGGGGCUGCUCCAGUUUGGUCCCACGGAAAAGUAUCAGGAUAAAGAUCAGGUCUUUAUUUUCUUGAAGAAGAACGCGGUCAUCGUGGACACCACCACCUGCGACCCGCACUACAACCUCGCGCAUAGCAGCCGGCCCUUCGAGAGGCGUCCCUAUGUCCUGAACUCCAUGCAGGAUGUGGAGAGCUAUUGGUUGGAUCUGCAGUGUGUCUGCCUCAAUACCCCCUUAGGUGUGAUUCGCUGCCCACGGGUCAGGAAGGACAGCAGCGGGGAUCAGGGCAGCGACGAGGAGGGCAAUCUGCAGAAGGAGCAGGAGAGCGCCGUGGACAAGCACAACCUGGAGCGCAAGUGUGCCCUGUUGGAGUACACCACGGGCAGCCGAGAGGUGGUGGAUGAAGGCUUGAUCCCCGGAGACGGCCUGGGCGCUGCUGGGCUUGACUCCAGCUUCUAUGGCCAUCUAAAGCGCAACUGGAUCUGGACCAGCUAUAUCAUCAAGGCCAGAAAGGAGAGCACUGCUUCAGAGAACGGGCUCACAGUGAGGCUCCAGACGUUUCUGUCUAAGCAUCCAUUGCCACUUGGUACUGGAGGCAACGGCAGGUUGAAUAUCUGGGGAGAAGCUGGAGCAGGAGCCGAGCUCUGUGCUGACAGGGCGGAGCAGCUUAACUUGGAGCAAGAGCCCUUGCUGGACAGAAACCUCAGAGUGAGAGGCGGCAAGAACCAGAAGCGAAAACGUCUGAAGAAGGACCCUGCAAAGAAGAACAAGAGAAAGAAAAAAGAAGAGCUCCCAGAAGAGAAGAACAAGAGGCUGCGCUACCACGACGAGGCUGACCAGAGUGCUCUGCAGAGGAUGACGCGGCUGCGCGUCACCUGGUCCAUGCAGGAAGACGGGCUGCUCAUGCUCUGCCGGAUCGCCAGCAACGUCCUCAACACCAAGGUGAAGGGCCCGUUUGUCCCCUGGCAGGUCGUGCGGGACAUACUGCACGCCACCUUUGAGGAGUCUUUGGACAAAACAUCUCAUUCAGUUGGACGAAGAGCUCGCUACAUAGUCAAAAAUCCACAAGCCUAUCUGAACUAUAAGGUUUGCCUAGUUGAGGUGUACCAGGACAAGGCUCUGAUUGGAGAUUUCAUGAACCGGAAGUGUGACUAUGAAGACCCAAAGGUUUGCGCCAACGAGUUUAAAGAAUUUGUGGAGAAGCUUAAAGAAAAAUUCACUUCAGCCCUAAAGAAUCCUAACCUUGAAAUCCCAGACACACUCCAGGAGCUGUUUGCCAGGUACCGAGUGUUGGCGAUUGGAGACGAAAAAGACCAAAUCAGGAAAGAGGACGAACUUAACAGCGUGGAUGACAUCUACUUCCUGGUGCUCCAGAACCUGAUCCAGAGCACACUGGCCCUCUCGGACAGCCAGAUGAAGUCCUGUCAGUCAUUCCAGACGUUCUGCAUCUACCGCGAGUACAAGGAGCAGAUUCUUGUCAAGGCCUUCAUGGAAUACCAGAAAAGGAGCUUGGUCAACCGGCGCCGGGUCAACCACACGCUGGGCCCAAAGAAAAACCGGUCUUUGCCCUUCGUGCCCAUGUCCUACCAGCUGUCCCAGACCUACUACAGGAUUUUCACGUGGCGAUUUCCAAGCACCGUCUGCACAGAAUCGUUCCAGUUCUUUAAUAGGAUCUGGGCUGCCGACCAUGUGGACCAGCCUGAUAACUUUUCCUUCAAAGACCAGGAGAGUAACGACUCCACAAGUGGCAUGGUGGCGUUUUCUCUGGAUGACCCGGGAGGACACUGUGUGGCCGCCCUGACCCUUUUCUCACUGGGCUUUGUGUCUGUGGAUGUCAAGAUCCCCGAGCAGAUAGUGGUGGUGGACAGCUCACUGGUGGAGAAUGAGGUCAUUAAGAGUUUAGGGAAGGAUGGGGGCUUGGAAGAGGAAGAGGAUGAAGAGGAAGACUUGGAUGAAGCCUCGGGGGGCAAGCGCCAGAACAUUGAGGUGAAAGCUCCCCAGGCCUCCCACACUAACUACCUGCUGAUGAGGGGCUACUGUGCCCCCGGCAUCGUCAGCAUCCGCAACCUCAACCCCAAUGACAGCAUCGUGGUGAACUCCUGCCAGGUGAAGUUCCAGCUGCGCCGCACCCCCUUGGCCACCCAGAUCGGGCCUGCUGUCACUUCUCUGGAAGAGCUUAUUGUGGGCAGCACCUGCCUCCCUGACACGUUCACCAGGCUGAUAAAUAGCCAAGAUGCCUGCAGCCUGGAAGACUUUGUUUGCCAGCUGGAGUUGUCUGGCUACACACCUGAUGACGUAUCUGCUGCCCUGGAGAUCCAGGGGACCAUUGCGGACACAGGUUGCUUCGGGGUAGACAAGGUGGAGCUGAGCAGACGCUUCUCUGCCUUUGAGAAGACAGAUGAUGAUCGCACCAGAACCUUCACAGACUACAUACAGGACCUCCUGGGGCAGCACCAGGUGCUGGAAGUCGGCGGCAACACAGCUCGCCUGGUGACCAUGGCCUAUGCCCAUCCCUGGCUCCUGCACUCAGUACGGCUAAAAGAGGAGGAUGUUGACGCUCACAAAGAAGACCCCCAGGCCAGACCCGCAGAAGGGUCUUCUAGUGAGGGUGGCCCCUCUCAGAAGCAGACACCCCCUUCUCAGGGUCCCAGGAGCACCAAGAGGCGUGCCAGCUGCGCCAGCACUGAGCCGGCGUGUCAGAGUAGAGAGCCUGACAGUACCCAGAGUCCCCCUGCAAAGAGGCCCACGCGCCAGGAUGUGCGUUUCGCCCCCAACCCUGAGCCCAGAGCAGAAGCGGGGGCAGAAACCCAGGUGCCUGCUCUGCCUGUAGCUCCUGAAGACGCGGGCACAGGGGACCCUCCCCAAGGAGCACCAGAAGCUGGGCAGGUGGACCAAGAGGGUGUUGGGGUACCCAGCUCCCUAGCCCACGAGCACCUGAACUGUCAGGGCCAGCUUCCAGAGGGCUCUGAAGAUCCCAGAGGUGUGCUGGAGAGCGCCGUGGCCGGCAGCCUGUCCCAAGCAAUGCUGGAAAAGGACUGCGAGAGCAUCUCCUUCAUCGGCCGCCCAUGGCGCAUCGUGGAUGGCCACCUGAACACGCCGGUGUGCAAGGGCAUGAUGGAGGCGGUGCUGUACCACAUCAUGGCCAGGCCUGGCAUCCCUGAGAGCUGCCUGCUGCAGCACUACCAGGGCGUCCUGCAGCCCAUCGCCGUGCACGAGCUGCUGCAGGGCCUGCAGUUCCUUGGCUGCAUUAAAAAGCGCUUGCUGAGAAAGCCCGCGCCCCCCUCGCUCUUCUCUAAGCUGGAGUUUGAGGGGACAGAUGUGCCCUGCAGCCUGCACGAGAGCGCCACGGUGUUCUACGAGCCUACCCUGGACUGCACCAUCCGGCUGGGCCGUGUGUUCCCUCACGAGGUCAACUGGAACAAGUGGGUCCACUUAUGAGGCCCAGGUGGUCACCAGGCCCCUUCUCCUGCCUCUGACUCCUGAGGAGGGAGCCAGCUUUACUGGCUGAGCUCAUGCCCUCGUGUGCAUGGGCCCGGUGAGGUUGGGUGCUUACAGGACUGUGUCAAGCCUCCCGUCCCUGCUGUGGUUUCCCGCCUGGAACUCUGGGGAAGAGAAGCCCCCGUCUGCCUGCUUCUGGCCUGGGCCUAGGGACCCUCCUUUGUCAAACCUAGAGUCGGGGAGAGCAACUGCAAGGUCAGUCUGCUCUUCUCUCAUUCCCGGGCUCAGCCUCGUCACCUGUUCUCAGUGGAGCUGCCUGGCGUUCUCUGUGGAACUUGGCUUGUGGUGAGUUUGAGCUUGGGCUUAUCCUCCAAGGGCUCCCAAUGUGGGGCUGCCAUUUGGGAGCAGAACUGCCUGGCCAGCCCUGGAGCCUUGUGUAGGAACCUCGGUACUUCAUUGUCUGCCAGCAGGGCAGGGACCUCUGGGUGCUGGGGUUUGCAUACCUCACCUUCCCAACCACAGCCACCAUGGCAGACUCCCUGUGCUCCCCAGAAGCCCAAGUGCCCUGAGAGGCUGGGCCCUAGUGGGUGGGGUGUCACAGUGGGGUGUGCCCUGAUGCCGAGGGUUUCCUCAGUGAUAAGCUCACCCCAGGCUAGAACUGAGCCGCCCAAAGAGGAGUCUGCAGGCCCUUUUUCCGCCUGGCAGCCCCCCAGUAGGCACCUGCUGGCUGGAAGCGAGGAGUUCCUGUAGGCUUGGAGUUAGUUGGUUUUGUUUUGUCAACCUUUCCCCUCACUAAAAAAAACAAUCUCCUGGCAUGUAUUUAUUUUUUAAUUAAAGUGAAGUAAAACGCAUUUAGUUUUGUGUUUCUUA